GUUGCCGGAGCCGCACCAGCCGCGCCAGAGCCAGACUGAGCCUCGCGGCGGCUGCAGCAACAGGCGGCGGGCUCGGCUCCGGACGGAGGCGGCCGAGGGGCGGGGAGCGCGAGGAGGAGCGGCUCGGCCCCACCGCCGCCGCCUCUUCGCCGCCGCAUGGACGAGCACCUCAGCCUCCUGCGCUCGCCGCCGCAGACCUCCGCCCGCCACCGCGCCCACCCUCCCCAGGACCCCGCGAGCCGCGGCGGCGGCGGCAGCGGUAGCGGCGCCCACACCCUGGUGAACCCCGGCUACGCCGAGCCCGCCGCAGACCCCGAGCUGCCUCCCGACAUGACGGUGGUGCCCGGGGACCACCUGCUGGAGCCCGAGGCGGCCGACGGCGGAGGGGGCCCGCCUCAGGGCGGCGGCGGCGGCGGUGGCUGUGACCGCUACGAGCCGCUGCCGGCCGCCGGGGAGCAGGAGUGCUGCGGGGAGCGCGUGGUCAUCAACAUCUCGGGGCUGCGCUUCGAGACGCAGCUCAAGACCCUCUGCCAGUUCCCAGAGACGCUUCUGGGCGACCCCAAGCGGCGCAUGCGGUACUUCGACCCGCUCCGCAACGAGUACUUCUUCGACCGCAACCGGCCCAGCUUCGACGCCAUCCUCUACUACUAUCAGUCCGGGGGCCGCAUCCGCCGGCCGGUCAACGUGCCCAUCGACAUCUUCUCCGAGGAGAUCCGCUUCUACCAGCUGGGCGAGGAGGCCAUGGAGAAGUUCCGCGAGGACGAGGGCUUCCUGCGGGAGGAGGAGCGGCCGCUGCCCCGCCGCGACUUCCAGCGCCAGGUGUGGCUGCUCUUCGAGUACCCUGAGAGCUCCGGGCCGGCCCGGGGCAUCGCCAUCGUGUCCGUGCUCGUCAUCCUCAUCUCCAUCGUCAUCUUCUGCCUGGAGACGCUGCCCGAGUUUCGCGAUGAGAAGGACUACCCGGCCGCGCCGUCGCAGGAUGUGGUGGAGGCGGCCGGCAACGGCACGUCGGGGGCCCCCGCCGGAGCCUCCAGCUUCUCCGACCCCUUCUUCGUGGUGGAGACCCUGUGCAUCAUCUGGUUCUCCUUCGAGCUGCUCGUGCGCUUCUUCGCUUGUCCCAGCAAAGCCACCUUCUCGCGAAACAUCAUGAACCUGAUCGACAUCGUGGCCAUCAUUCCCUACUUCAUCACCCUGGGCACCGAGCUGGCCGAGCGACAGGGCAACGGACAGCAGGCCAUGUCCCUGGCCAUCCUGAGGGUCAUCCGCCUGGUGAGGGUCUUCCGCAUCUUCAAGCUGUCCCGUCACUCCAAGGGGCUGCAGAUCCUGGGGCAGACGCUGAAGGCUUCCAUGCGGGAGUUGGGGCUGCUCAUCUUCUUCCUCUUCAUUGGGGUCAUCCUCUUCUCCAGCGCCGUCUACUUUGCCGAGGCGGACGACCCCACUUCGGGCUUUAGCAGUAUCCCGGAUGCCUUCUGGUGGGCAGUGGUGACCAUGACAACAGUCGGCUACGGCGAUAUGCACCCUGUGACCAUAGGGGGCAAGAUUGUGGGCUCUCUGUGUGCCAUCGCCGGGGUUUUGACCAUUGCAUUGCCCGUUCCUGUGAUUGUUUCCAACUUCAAUUACUUCUACCACCGGGAGACCGAAGGGGAAGAGCAAGCCCAGUACAUGCACGUGGGAAGUUGCCAGCACCUCUCCUCUUCAGCCGAGGAGCUCCGAAAAGCAAGGAGUAACUCGACUCUGAGUAAGUCGGAGUACAUGGUGAUCGAAGAGGGGGGUAUGAACCAUAGUGCUUUCCCCCAGACCCCUUUCAAAACGGGCAACUCCACUGCCACUUGCACCACGAACAAUAACCCCAACUCCUGUGUCAACAUCAAAAAGAUAUUCACCGAUGUUUAAUAAUUGACACGAGUGCUCAGUACUGUGUGGAACGUGCCCCCUUGGUCUGUGUAUGCCCUUGUUUUAUACAUUUCCAGACCAUCCAUCAAGGACAGGACGUGAAGAAGUGGGAAGCACAUUCCAUUCUCCCUCUCCCUAUUGCUUCAUACUGAAACAGGUGCCUGUUUUGCAAGUGGGCUGCAUUCUCUCGGCUCUUUUUUUCCUCUCCCUCUCUCUUAAUUUUCUGAACAACAAACUUAACAUUGCACUUGAUUUCUAGGACACGCCCUAUUUAAAAAAAAAAAAAAGUACAUCCUGGGAGGAAAUGAAACUACAGAACAGUUAGAACUGUUUAACCUCAAAAUUGAAAGGUAAUUAUUUCUUUACUAAGUAAAGCCGGUAAAUGCUUACAGGAUGCUUCAGUUUGAUGGACUCUUAGACAUUACCUAUUAACUAUGUAGUUCAGUUGCCUACUCUUUGGAUAUGUGGAUGGAAAAUAGAACUAAAACAGUGACUUGAAACCCCACCAGAAGUUUAGUUGGUUUUGGACUGGAAUUUCUGUUUGAGUUCCUCCUCCCAGAACUUUAAGGGUUCCUACAACUUUGAACAAAGGGAAAUGCCCAGAAUGUUCUGAUCUGACUAAUAUGUUUAACUCUUUGGGACUUACAAAGCAUUUCGAAAGUAUUAAACUAACAGAUUCUUCUGAAGUUCUGUGCAUAUGCCCCAGCCAACAUCUAUCAAAGUCUAGAAACAGAUGUUUUCAGUGCUGCUGAGAGAAACAAAGAAUUUCCUAAUGCAUUUGAGAGAUAAGCUUCUGCAGUAUCACCAGAAGAUUAAAGUGGCAGACACCCCUUCCAGCGGAAGUUACUAAUUCGGACCUGACUGAUGCAGUUCCCAUAGCAACCUAUGUUUCCUGGGAAACCCGAAAAAGGUUGUCAUGGUAUCUCUUGCUCUCUAGCCCCACCCCCUAGCCCCUGCCGUUUCCACAGUAACCUUUCCAGAUGGUUCCUACUCACAUGAUUUCAUAAGGAAAAACAGUGUUUGAAUAAACCGCACAAAUAAAGUUAAGUCUGAGAGUCUAAGGAGGGGACUGAAUCGUGGAAUGCAUUUUUAUCACUGUGAAAAUCAUUGAUGUCACCCCAUAAUGACUGAAUCAAAAAGGAAAAUGUCACCAUUGGAACACUGGAUAUAAACCACAAUAAGACAUUGUUUGAAUUAAAUGCCAAUUAUUGGACAAUAAUGUUAAAAUAUGCUUCUCUACAGUUGUCUUUCUCCAAGAAGUUUCAAGCCAACAAAUGAAAUUAAGCAAAUAUUAAAGUGUUCUGUACAUAAGCAAAUAAGAGAUUCAAUCAGUGUACCUGAAACCUUACAAGAGACCUUCAGACUUCCUCUUUAAUAAAAAAGAAAAAACUCCAGAUUCCAUAACAGGACUGUCAACCAUCACAGCACUUGGAAAGCUAAAUAAACUUCAAAUACAUGAAGGAUGCACAUUUUUAACUGAGGGAAUUACAGACUUCAAUAAAAAGGAGGGAUGGGAAGUAACCAGUUCUUAGGGGACCACCUGCGAGUUUCAGCCAUAUGCCAAGGGUUGCCGGAAGACACACAGAAUCAGGAAGGGUCAACCAUGUCCUGGACACUUGUCAACUUUGCAAGCAGUUCCAAGUCUUUCCCACCUCCCAGCUGUGAAUAGAAGUGAUUGCCCCUCCCCCUAAGCAAUGCCAAGAAGCACACGUGACCCCCAGUCUGAAGACUUAUGGAAACACUGUGAGAUAAAGAUCCCUGAGGAGCCCCACAUCAAGAACUGUAGAGCUUUACCAACCAGUAGGAUGCUCAGUUUUCCACUGCCUGGAUCAAGAACGCAGCAGCAGUUGUACCACUGAUGCGUGGUGAUCUGUCUGCCAGGUCAUAUUUUUAUUUCAGUUGACAUUAAAUAAUAUGUCUCUCACAAAUGCUUUAUAUAAAGGACACAGCUCUGAAACUGGAGGAUUCUCUUCAAACUGUGUGCAGCAUAAGAGAUAAGAAUCAAAGAUAAAGAAGAAUGUUAAGAAUAUUAAGAUAUCGUUUCAACCUUUUAACAUUUUGACAAAAUUUUAUCAUCCAAAAACUAUUAUCAGUGCUGCAGAUCAAGAAAUCCUAAAUGUUUCUGAUAAGCCAAGUAUUGCUGUUUUGUUUUUUUCAAUUAACUACUGGACUGUUUAAUCACGAGAUAUAUUCUAUGUUUGGGGUUGUGUGCAACUUUGUGCAGGUGUGUUUUGUACCAAAGGCUCUCAUGCAGCAGUUAGCCCAUUUACACAUAAAUAAGAGAAGUCUACACUGUGCCCAGAUGAAUGGUAUUGAAGACAGACUUGCCUAAAAGAAAUGUGCCUUGCUUGGUUAAACAUUCUUUUAUUUUUUAACUCAAAACAAUAGAUUUGCAAAUUAGUCUUAUAGGUAGGUUUCAGCUGAGCUCACAUUACAAAAAUACAUUAGUAUGUUUAAGUUGUUUAUCUUAACUAAAAUUUUAAUGUCAAGUUAUAUUUUUCAGAAUUUUAUAUUUAAUCAUUCAAUUUCAUUUCCCUGGGAUGUUUGGUGUGGCAAGACAAAGCACAUUCUUAUAUAUAAUAUUUCAUCUAAUGUUUAUGAUGUUUCCUUUACAAUUAUUUACAUAAAUUUUCCUCGACUCGUUUUCUAUUUUUAUAUUCUUUGAGAAGUGGAACUCUUUUUCAGUUAAAGUUUACUUGGAAAGGAGAUUUAGGAGGUGAUGAGGAUGCUGUGCCACUUGGAGGAUGUUCCACUGCGGUGCCAUUAUUAAUGUGCUUACUGUGACACUUCAGCAGAACGGUAGCUGCUUGUAUAUUUUUUUCAUGCGCCUUAUGGAAAGUCAGACUGUGAACACUUAGUAUAUAGAAAACUUUUCUCAUUUCUGUGUUUUAUUUUCAAAAUGUACCUGAACAAAUGCUUAAAUAACCAAUAUCCUAUUAUUUAAAUGCAGAGCAAUGCUAAGUUAUAAUAACAGCACUUGCAGAAUUUCAGUCACUAUGAAAAUAUUUCAGUAGCAAAACCAAGAUUAUGAACUUUUUGAUGCUCUAUAGAAGAAAAUACUGGUGAUGCAUCUCAUUGGUAAUAUAUGAGUCAGUAACUAAAACAGUUUUAUACCUACUAGCAGCAAAACAGAUGGAUAGGACAAUCUGGGUAACUUUCUUUGAGGCAAUGUCUACAAUGAGUUUUUCAUAGUCUACUAAUAUUUUCCUGGUAUUCAGAGCUUUGAGUCUGGAUCACUAUUGGCAAAAGUGAAAUAAAGGGAUGACAGCUUUCUCAGAUUUGAGCUCUAUGAACCUCCAACCCAGAUGUGUGUGAUUCAAGUGAAAAUAGAGCCACCAACUUGUUUUUGUUCUGUGUUAGCCCAUGUAGUAGAGCCACUGGCCCAGGGGGUAGCUGGUCCAGUGUAAACCAACUGAAUCCUCAUCACUGAUGAUCAAGCCUGGCCAGCAGUGAAGUAAUCCACACCAGCCACUGGGCUGAUUGAAAUGGACCGAUCGGUGUGUACAAGAGGUCUCAGACAUUCGGAUGUUUUUGUAAAGAUCAGUAGGUAUUACAAAGAUAGACACGAAAACUGCCUCCAUAAAGCACCAAUGACACAGCAUUACGCAUUCUAGUGUAUGUUGUAUAUCAUGCCUACUUUAUUAUUACCAGAUACAGUUUCAAAUAAAGACAAAACCUGGACUUUUAUGAAAAAAGCAUGGAAUGGUAUCAGAUGGUUAAUCUAUCAUACCAAAUAUAGUUCACAGGUUGGAUGGUGAAAACGGUACUGUUCUAGUUAACAGGAGAUCAUGGUUCUUACCCACUUCCUACCUGUGGGACCUUGAUAUGUCAGUUACCAUUGCUAGUGUUCAUUUUCUUGAAUUGCAAAAUGGGCACAAUAAUUCAAUAAUUUCCUAAGCCUUUCUCAAUCCCCAGAUCCUCAUUAUACACAUUACUUGAAAAAUUCUUUGAAGAAUAUUUAAGUACUCAGAUUUUCUCAUGCAUUUCUAAAGGAAAGAAUAAAAUGAAAUAAAAUUUUAAGCCUUGAAAGUGCCAUAGUGUCAUAAAUAUAUCAUUCUUCAAAUUGAUCAUGAAAAGAGGAAAUAGGAUUCUUUUUACUCUAAGAAUUUUCAUUGAUCUAUAAUAGGAUCAUGAAAAAGUAGAAAAUCAUUCUGCAGCAUGGAAACAGAUGAAUAAAAUAGCCAGAAAAGAGGAGAGGGUAUUUGUUAAAUUAGAUGUUAAGGUGAUUUGAAAAUAGUGUGUGAAGUGCUAAAAUGGUACCAGAGCUUUGUUGCACACUGACCUGGGAGUUGGGGAAGGUGGUAAAAGGCUGAAACAAUGGAGUGUCUCUCGGGUUCUUGGUUCAUUUCCAUAAGAAGCAGUCUGGUGGAGCUCAGGCAAGUGCCUGUGCUGCAGCUCUGGCUCUGCCAAUAACUCUACGUGCCCCAGGAAGGUCCCUUUUGUUUCUCUGAGUCUCAACUUCUUUUAUCUGAAAAUACUUUUAAAAUUUAGUCAUCUGUAUGUUUCUUUUCAUCUUUGAAAAUUCCUUAACAUUUCAGAUUAUUAAAAUAUGAGAAGGCUUCAAAAAGUUCAUGGAGAAAACGGAAUUAAAAAAUAAUGUGGAUUUCCCAUUAGCUUUUUAAAGCCCUGUUGGAUACGUGCACAAGUUGUUCCUUUUUGGUCUUUAAGAUGCCACAUAUUUCUACUCAAGUGAAUGAGCAGAUUGCAAAUCCAAAUGUUCAUAUUUCUCAUGUAACUAAUUGACCUCAGCAAGACAUUAAAAUGUUAAACUUUGCUUUUCAUUUUCACCAUGGCUUAAUUAGUAUGAUUUGUCGUUUCAUAUUUAUAUGCUGAGUAAGUUACAUAAAUAGAAUGUUCACAUCAAUCUCCUCUUUAAAUUUUUGUUGUUUAAUAAACUUAGAAAAUUAGAAUCAAAUAUAUUAUACUUACCAAUGAACUGGAGCUGAUUGUAAGAUACUUUUGUCCAAAAAAAAAUAAUAAUACCCUUUUGGUCCCAGAAGCAAUGAACGUGAUUUAAAAUAAUAAUCACAAAAUUUUAUGAAAUUUUUGAAUACAAAGGAGGCCUAUUAGAGCCAUAUUCUAAUUAAUUUUACUCAGGAGUGAGAAAUAAAAUUCAGGGAUAACCCAAACACUUCUGUUUGGCAUUAGUGGACAGUUAGGAAAAGAAGGAUUGUAACUUUUGCACACAGAGAUCAAGAAGUAACUGUACCCCUUGGAAAAAUGAGUAUAUUCUUGUUGCUGGUUUUAUGGUAGAAAGAAAUUAGGCUAGAAGAAUACUAAAACUUGGACACUAGUAAACUGUUAAGAUGAUCACAGGCCAUUUGAAUAAUACAGACAUAUUCUGCCAUACUAAGAUUCUUUGUCCAGAGGUUUAGUCUUGUAUCCCUUCCAUUCAGAAAAGGGGGCAGUUUUUCAAGGCCUCUAUCAUAGUAGGAAAUGUAUAUUUUGGCAAGUGGAGCAAUUAAAACAUUUAAUCUGAUAAUUUGGUUUUGUGAAUCUGAAUUUUCAUUUUAGGUAUAAGUGAGUCUCACGUAUUCAUGUCAGUGAUCAUUGUGAGAAGUGAUUUCAUCUUUUUUUAAAGUUGAUGAAAUUUGCUAAAUGGUGAUUCUGGUGUAUUGUGUUAAUACUGUAUCUUACAAUAGUUUGUGAACUGACCAUACUAAAUGAACUGUAGUGGUAUUUCUUCUGGUAAAUUGUUUCUAUGGUGUAAUCUGUUAAUAUUUGGGGAAGGGGUGGGGGGAGGUUAAAUUUACUUAAAACUGUCAAAGUGUUUUCCUUACAUGCCAUGAAAUUAUAUGACUAUAAACCAAAUAAGAAUAUCCUCUUUCCUUUAUUUUCAAUUUUAAGGACACUGUAUAGACCAUUUUUUAAACUUUCCCAUAAAAUGGUACCAUGUAUGUUAAAAAGCUCCUUUGUGUGUAUAUAUAUAAAUACAAGGGAAAGCAGUGUAUGUAAUAUUUCUAUAUCAUAUACUAAAUGUUGUAAGAAUCCAUUUUUAAAAUCUUACAGAAAUGGCAAUUAUGCAGAUAUCAGAAUGACAAAUACAUCACCUCAAUUUUUCAUAGGAAGUCUAAAUUUAUUUAUAACAUUUGCAUCUUUGCAAAUGUCAUUCACUUUAUUUAACUCUAAAGCAUCCGCUGAAGUACUAAUGUCAUCUGAAGUUUAGAGAUGAAACAGCCAAGGUUUAGAAAAAUCAAAUGAUUUUUCCAAGAUCGUUUGGCCAAGUAUCUCUAAAUCUCAUGUUCUUUACCUCUUCACCCUCUGUUAUUUUGUUUUUGUCCUGUCACUGCCAUUAGACUUAAACCUUUGACUAAAUUGUAAUUUUAAAAGAUACAUGAGGAAAUUUCAAGUUUUAGCAAAAAGGCACUGUUGGCUCUUGGCAGACCUUUUUAGAUACACACCAAUCAUAAUCUUUCCACAAAAUGAGAGCCAUACAUUUUCCAUCUAAAACACAUGAAGUCCACACACCCUGACCACAGAUACUAAAUAUGGUUGAUGUCAAAAUGCUGGACUGAAAAAUGACCUCCUUCACUGAUCUUUCUCAUUUCUUUUCUUUAAAAUUCAUCAUGAUGACUGGUUUCUGAAUGGUUGAAAGAAGCAAUAAUCAACCCAAGAAACUGCAACCAAUCUGAUUCAGAGAAUCCGAAAAAAACAGACUCACCAUAGUAACCGUUUUUCAGCCUAUUGUUUUUCAUCAUACAUAUUCUAUGAUUAGGGGAGGACAGGGUAGGGAGUGGGGAGAAAAAAUGCCUUUAUUUUUAGAACACUCAUUAUUUUCUGUAACUAUUCAGAAAGAAUUGGUUAUCAAAUGUUAGAUAACAGUUUUGUUAACACUUAGCUGUAGUUUAAAUAUUUGUAAAGUUUUCCACAUAUUUAAAAAUCCACUUAAGAAUUUUCCAGAUAAAAUUAAAAUCUGAUGACUGCUCAGUUGGAAUAUGGUGAACAUUCAUGUGUUAAUCAUGACAUGAUACAGUUUUGUUCUUUCUCAAACAACAGUUAGACACUGUUACUGCUUUCCCUUGGAAGUCAACAGUCUGUGAUACAUUCUGUACUUUUACUGAUUAGCAAUGCAAUGUUACUGUGAAUAUUUAAAUGGAGCAUAUGCUUAUUAUAUUGGAAUUUAAAUUUUUAUAACCUUAAGUUUAGUUCCUCUUAUCAAACUGAUAAGUCAAGUAAGUAUUAUUUUGUAUGGAAUAAAAUAAUCAUUCAUAAAUAAUAAUAACAAAUAAUGAAAUUCUGAAUAAGAAACAUAGAUUUUAUAUUUUUUCUAUAUUCAUCAUAUUUUAACAUUGAAUUUUGUUAAUUUGUCAUAUAUUAAUGUAAAGUUAGAAUAAGCUACUAUAUACACCAUGUUCUCUGAUGUUCUUGUCAUCAUACUUUUGGGCCUUCUGUUAAGUACCUGUCAGUAAAUACUUGUGACUUUUGAUUACGUGAUCCAUUUUAUAAAAUUUGUCCAUGGAUUUAAAGUGUUUUCAUUGCAAGUGUUAUAUAUAGAAGUCAAUAAAAGACCCACAAAAAAUA